AAAGUCUGAUGUAAUAUGUUGUGGAUUCUGAGCCUGCUUUCUUUCCUAUUCAUCUCCCUGGCAGGUAUCUGUGUGGCUGACCCAUAUGAAAUAACAGUAAUGACGAAAUUCUUUAUUGAUCUGCGGGUGCCUUACUCGGUAGUGAGAAAUGAGCAGGUAGAGAUUCGGGCUGUUCUCUACAACUAUGCAGCGCAGGAUAUCAGGGUGCGGGUGGAGCUGAUGCAUAACCCUGCUUUCUGCAGCGCUUCCUCUGCCAAGCAACGCUACCGACAAGAGUUUAGAAUUGGAAGACAGUCGUCCCGGGCGGUGUCAUUUGUGAUUGUCCCACUGGAAUUAGGGAUCCACGACAUGGAGGUCAAAGCAGCUGUCUGGGGUGUGAUGGUGUCUGAUGGUGUGAAGAAGAAGCUGAAGGUUGUGCCUGAAGGAAUUCAGAAGAAGCUUACGACUGUCAUUGAACUGGAUCCAGCUACACAAGGAAAUGGUACAAUGCAGAGAGAGGAAGUCAAAGCCAAUGAUUUAAGUGAUAUGGUUCCUGGCACAGAGCCUGAGACCAAAAUUAGUGUCCAAGGUGACCCUGUGGCUCAGAUUGUUGAAGACUCAAUUGAUGGAACCAAUCUGGAACAUCUCAUCAUAACCCCUUCCGGCUGUGGGGAGCAGAACAUGAUCAGAAUGACACCAACCGUUAUCGCCACUCACUACCUUGACGCCACAGGCCAAUGGGAGAAGCUUGGGGUGGAUCGGAGAAAUCAUGCACUCAGCCAGAUCACGAAAGGUUAUACCCAGGAGUUGGCAUAUAAGAAACCAGACCAUUCGUAUGCCGCAUAUAUAGGACGCACAUCUAGUACUUGGCUAACAGCGUACGUUGUAAAGGUCUUUGCCAUGGCUGCUAAAGUUGUGUCUACCAUUAGCAAGGAUGUCAUUUGUGGAGGGGUAAAGUGGUUGGUUCUGGAGAGGCAAAAGCCAGAUGGGGUUUUCCAAGAAGUUGCCCCUGUGCUCAGUGGAACAAUGACGGGAGGCUAUAAUAAAGGUGACGCUGCUGAACCAGAGGUGGCAUUAACAGCUUUUGUCCUGAUUGCGCUGCUGGAGUCCAAAGAGAUCUGCAGAGACCGCAUCAAUUUAGGUGGGAAUCGUUGGGAAGAAUAUGGUGCUCACACCUACAACAUUGAAGGUACCUCCUAUGGCUUGCUGGCUUUGUUGAAAAUGAAGAAAUAUGAGGCUACUACACCCAUAGUCAAAUGGCUGGUAGCGCAGAAGUAUUAUGGGGGAACAUAUGGACACACUCAGUCGACCGUCAUGGUCUUCCAAGCACUUGCCCAGUAUGAAAUUGACGUUUCCAUUCAUAAGGACCUGAACUUGGAUGUUUCUGUUCAGUUGCCAGAGCGCAAUGCACCAAUUACUUAUAGGAUUAACUACGAGACUGCUCUCCUGGCCCGAACAGCGGAGACUAAGCUCAAUCAAGGCUUCACCGUACAAGCAUCAGGCCGAGGAAAAGCCACUAUGACUAUUGUGACAAUGUACAAUGCAAAGAUGCAAGAAAAUUCAGUUCAGUGCAAGAAAUUCAGUCUUGAUGUUAGUGUUGAAACUCUUCAGUUGGAUCAGAAGCAAUCCAAGGGAGCCUCAGAGGCUGUCAAAAUCAAAAUCUGCACCAGGUAUCUUGAUAAUCAUGAGGAUGCCACAAUGACAAUCAUUGAUGUUUCCAUGCUCACUGGUUUUGCCCCUGAUACGGAUGAACUUAAGAGGCUUUCUGAAGGAGUCGACAGAUACAUCUCCAAGUUUGAAGUUGACAACGUUAUGACUGACAGAGGGAACCUCAUCAUUUAUUUGGACAAGGUCUCCCACAGGGAGGAUGAAUGCCUAGUAUUUAAAGCUCUCAAGUAUUAUGAAGUUGGUCUCGUACAGCCAGGAUCAGUCAAGGUGUACAGCUAUUAUAAUCUAGAUGAGGAGUGUACCAAAUUCUACCAUCCAGCCAAAGGAAGUGCCAUGCUCAGUAAGAUAUGCCAUGGGGAUGUUUGCCGGUGUGCAGAAGAAAGCUGCUCAUUGCUCAGCAAGAUGAAGGAAGAUAUUAAUCUGCAGAUUCGAGUUGAAUUAGGCUGCAAGCCAGAAGUAGACUAUGUGUACAAAACCAAGCUGAUUCGAAUAGAAGAAGACAGUGGUUAUGACAACUACUUCAUGGAAGUUGUGGAAGUUAUUAAAGGAGGGAGUGACCCAAAUCCAGCAGCCAGUCCUCGCAAGUUUAUCAGUCAGAUGAAAUGUAGAGAAUCCCUCCACCUGCAGGAGAACAAGGACUAUCUGAUCUGGGGUCUCAGCACUGAUAUGUGGCCAACAAAAGAUACUAUUAACUACUUGAUCAGCAAGGAUACCUGGAUUGAGAGAUGGCCAGAUGAUGAUGAAUGCCAAGAGGAAGAAUUCCAGAAUUUGUGUAAUGACUUCAUUCAGUUUUCCAGCAUACUGACCAUUUUGGGCUGCCAGAGCUAAUGGUGAAAGCAUCUGUGUAAUGCAUCAUGUGGGCUUUUGACCCAUCAUUUGGAUGUUAUCCUUUUUCCUGAAGUUCUAACUUGCCGUAAUUUUUUAUUACCCAUUUUGUUUUCCAGAUUAUUUGUAAUAAAGAACUGAUUUCUUACUGGGCUGUUUCAAUCCAGUUCACAAAUCAGAUAGUGUGUAGAAAAGUAUCUCUAUUGGGGAAUGUUUGCACAGGAUGUUUUAUAAAAAUGUGCGUAUUUCAAAUAUAUGCACAUAAGUGUAUACAGUAUAAAUUUGGACAAGUGUGUACAAAAUUGUGUUAUGUAUGGGAAAGCGCAUACACGUGUUUUCUUUUUUUCUUAUUAAAAAAUUUAAAAUUGUU